GUAUGCGGCGUAAAGUUGUGUGCGAGAUGAUAGGUUCGUCGUAUGAUAAUUACGAUUUCACCACACAAACGCGGCUCCCCCUCACCCGUUUUCGGCUCACGGUAGCGGCAGCAGCAGCAGACAGACUGACACAGACUACCGCUCCGUCGCGCUGUGCGACUGUAUUUUUGCUUUGAAUCUUUGUUUCCAAAUAAAACCCCCAUCCCCAAGGCAUCCAAGAUCGGCUUUGGUCAGCACGGGUGGACACGACAUUCUGCCCCGAACAGAGUCCUACAGGGUGUCGUCGGUCGGUCGCGGCUUCACAACGUUACGUACACGGGUGUCGCGGUUGAAUUACUCACGCAAACACCACGGCACACAGCGAGCGAUCGAACGUUCCGUGCGGUUCCGUUUGUUCCGCUGUACGGAGAGCGCGUAUGUGUGUGUGUGUGUAUGCGUGCGUGUGAGUGAGUGAGUUGUGUUGUGUUGGGGAGUGCAGCGAAAAAGUUUCACUGUGUACUGUAUUUUCCUUUCUUCGCGAGUGGGGCUGCGCUGUUUGUGCAAAUCAUACUCGCAUUAAAGCGGGGCGACUCGACGGAAGAAGACAGAUUAGUGCGCUCCACAUAACGCACACGCAAUUCGGCAGCCCGCGAGCCCGACUAGACACUCCGCGGUGUAUGUGUGUGUGUUUGUGCGGUCAUUUUAUUUCGGAUUCCGCCUGUUUUUGCGUGCGUAAAUAGUGUCGCGCUGCUGGUUGCUGCCAGCUAGGAAGUGAGCGAUCGGUGCAAGGUGCAUAAUUAAACUUGCUGAUAAAGGGAAGUCGAACGUCUCGGCGUGUGUGUGUGUGUGCGCUCGCGGCAGUGAAGACGGAUCGAACUUGUGCGUUUGCGAGUGUGCGGCGGUACUGUUGUUUUUUUCUUCUGUGCAAAGUAGUGGUGAAUCAUACACAGCCAGAGCACACAGCAAACUAUACACGUACACGUACACGUACACCCCGGGGAAGUGUGCGAGAGGGUACGGUGGUGUUGUGUCCGGCUGGCUGGCUCGCUGUGGCCUACCACGACAGCGGUACGCGGAACAAAAGUGGGCUCCGUAAAGAGCGAAUUCAUUAACCGGUUCGUUUGCUGAUGUAAAGCGACGAACCUCUUGCGGCGGCUCUUGACGACGACGCGUAACAAAAAGUAGGGUUUGAAAGAAAGAAAAACAAUCUGCCGUGUGCGUGUGUGCAUCAGGUGCGUAGCAAGUAUAUCGCCCCUCGUGCGUCAGUGUGUCUGUGCGUGGUGUGGCGAAAGCGAUUUCAUCAGUGAAGUGUGCUGUGUUGACAUACAAAUUAAGCAAAAGCUAACAGUUGUUUCGAAGGGCAACAAAGAAGAAGAAGAAGAAGUAGGGGUAGCAAAAACAUCAUCUCACUGGAGCCCCAAGCAGCAGCCUCGCAGACCUUCAUCUCGUUUGCAAGGAUCGGUCGUAACGUGCGGUGCGUUGUGUGCGGUGUUCGAUGUAUGUGGUAGCAAGACGUGUCUUGCCAGCAGCAUCACCACCACCACCACUGCCACCGCCACCGCCACCGCCACCAACAUUAUUGCUGACGGCCGGCAAUUAUGCUCUCCACCAAGAAGCUCUUCACCGAGCACCUGCUGACGCUGGUGCUCACGCUCAGCCUGCUGCGCAUCGAUCCGGAGAACUACCUCGACCUGCAAUGGGGCGGCCGGUUGGCGCGGGUCGGCGACGCCGGCGGCUGGCAGCUGGAGCUGCUCGCGGCCGGACCGGACUACUCUAACCAGUCAUACGUGAACCGUAAGUUUCUCCCGCCGAUCAUCGAGGAUCUGUCCCGGUUCGAGCGGCCGUUCAUCGAGCAGAACCAUCGCGGGCUGCAGACGUACCUGCUGAACGUGCUGGAUGCGAACGACGACGGCACGUCGGCCGGCACGCUGGCCGAGGAGCGGCCCCCUUCACCAGUGCCGGCGGUUGCUUCCGGUGGGGGUAGCGGCGUUGGUGUGGGAACGGUACUGCCAGCCGCCCACAACGCCACCAUGCACGCGCUGACGAACCUGGACGUGGACGCCGAGGACAUCUUCUUGAGCGCAGACCUGUUCGAGGAAACGACCUCGGUGUUUGAGCAGAACAUGGCCGACCUGAGCGAGUACGAUACGAUCUUGCUGGAGCAUCCCACCGCCAAGUUUGACGCCGGUGCCGCCAGCCUGCCCGACCUGGAGGGAACCAUCGCCAGGGCACGAACCCUGAUGAACGAGGCGAGCAAGAAGUUCGAGGUGAAGCGGGAGGAGGAGAAGGAGGAGGACCAGGCCACGACCAGCAGCUCGGCGACCGGUGCUGCCCCGACGGAGGGCUCGGGAGCGGUCCGAACGAACAAGACGCGCGCCUACGAAGACGACGACGACGACGAGGACUCGGAGGAUGAGCGGGACAGCAAGGAGGCGGUGCAACGGCAGAUCAACACGCAGCAGAAACACCUAGUGUGCACCGAUUUGGAUACCGCCGAGGUGACGGUGAAAACGGAGCCGGUGGAAACGAAUGACACGAGAGUGCAGGAGUCCUCUACUGCUGCUGUUGCGGCUCAGGAUCUUACACAGGAGGAAAUGGAUCUAAUCGAAGUGCUCUGGAAGCAGGAUGUCGAUCUUGGCUUUACGCUGGCGAAUGCGGGCCUUUCCAACGCACCGGAAGGAUCCAGCUCAACGUCAGCGGACACAGCAUCUGGCACCGGCAUAAAAUGCGACACCGAGGACGAUUUGGAAAAGUUGAAGGUUUUGCUGGAGAUAAAAAAUGAUAAGAAUGCCGACUACGAAAAGAACCCCAAUGCAGCGGACGAGAGCAGUCUGGUCGAUCCUUGGGCAGGACUGUCCUACACAAUCGAUACGGAAACAGGCGAGUACGUGCUGAACAGCUCGGACAUAGAUAACAGCUUGCCACCACCGUUGGCGGAUCUGUUCCUGGAGGAAGGCCUAACGCUACCGGACCUUGGCGAAACAGUGGUUGACACCAUUGCCGAAAUCAAGCCUGACAACAGUGAGAGCGAUCUGUCCGGACCGCCAGUCCAGGAGGAGCAGGAAAUUGCCGAAGUAAAGCGCAUCGAACAGGAGCUGCAGCAGGUGUCGGUGGGCGAUAUUUGUCUCGGUGGUGGCAGUCGUGCAUCCGGCUCGUCGAGUGCCGAUCAGAACAGCAACUGCGAAGAUACCGGCGAGAUCCUCGACACGGAAACCGAUUCCGCAGGCGCAGCGAACACGACGUCGUCCGACGCCGAAGGUCCCGAGGCCGAGCCGGUGACUGAUGAUCUAGAGGAUCUGCUCUGCGACAUGAUGAUACAAACGUCGGCCCACUUUCAACACACGCGCCAGAACACGCAAGGCUACGGCCAUGGCGCCAUGGGCAGCUUCCGACAAACGGCAACCGGUGGCGCUGGUUACCAUCACCAUCACCAUCACCACCACCACCAUCAUCAGUCCCGUGUACCUCUGAGUCGAGCUGUUUCGAUGGAACAACGCUGGCAGGAUCUGGCCAAUUUGCUGAGCUUUCCACCCGGCAUGGGGGUGGGCAUGGGUGUCGCCGAUAUGCCACCGUCCCAUCCGUCCCACGCGCACUACCCGUCACACUAUCCCUCGUAUCAGCCGAGUGGAGGAAUCGCCGGCCCGCAGCACGGCCAGUACCAUCAUCCGCCGCAUGCCGCCGUACUGCAGAAUGCAUCGCUGGCCGACAUUUCGCCGGCCCAGCCGCACUACGGGGCGAACCUCGGUUCGGCCGUCGCCACCAGCAUGCAUCUGACCAACUCCACGUCCGAGACGGAUGCUGGCACGUCCGGGUACAAAAUGGAUCCCGAGAUGAUGUACUACUCGAACACAUCGUCGGAAAUGAACCACACCGAUGGCUUUUUGAAUUCCAUUCUGAACGACGAAGAUUUGCAGCUGAUGGAUAUCGCCGUCAACGAAGGCAUGUACACGAUGCGCAUGCUGGAGCACAAUGGCACAACCGGCAGCGGCGGAAACAACGCAUCCGGGGGCGGAGGUAUGCUGGGUGUGUCAACGGCGGCGUCCGCCGCCUCCAACCUGGUCAACCACGGCGGUGUCCAUCCGCACUCCCACCACCAUCACCAUCUGUCACUGAUGUCGUCGGCGAGCGGUGGCGGUCUGCAGAAUGCCAUGAACGUCAGCGCCCUAGUCAACGGAUCGUCGUCCGCGUCGUCCGCCUCGUCCGGAGCGUCGUCCGGCGGUGGGGCCGGCGGGGCGUCAUCCGGUACGCCGGGCGAUCGGUUGGACGCGUCCAGCGACAGUGCCGUCAGCUCGAUGGGCUCCGAGCGCGUCCCCUCGCUGUCGGACGGUGAGUGGGGCGACGGGGGCAGCGACAGUGCGCAGGAGUACCACAAUGGCAAGUACGGCGGCCCGUACGACUACAGCUACAACCAAACGAAUGGCGCUGGCGGUGGGGGAGCUGGCGGGGCCGGUGGUGUCCCAUCGAGCCGGAUGGGCGAGCACGGACCCCGGCAGGGACCGCCCGUCGCCCAGAAGAAGCAUCACAUGUUCGCAAAGCGCUACUUCCAGGAGCAAAACACGUCGACCGUCCCGUCGAUUCAUCCGUCACCGAACGGCGGGACCGCCGGUACGGCUGGUGGUCCCCCCGGGCUCGAUGGCGGUGCUGCCGGUGGAGCGGCCGGCGGUGGCGCUGGUGCCACGGCGGCGGGCGUUCUACUCCCGACGGCCAUCAAGUACGAGUACGAUUACAUGAACGUGGUCGGUCCGCAAACCGCCGCCGGUCCGAACAUUGGGCCACUGGAGGGUGCCGCCAAGCAGGAGGACCACCUGCAGCAUCACCAGCACGAGUCGUCGGCAGCGGCGGCGGCGGCUGCCGCGGCCGCGCUCACCGACAUGAAGUACCCGUACGGUAUCGAUUUUCCGCGCAGCCACCACUCGGCGGCGAUGGGUGGGCGGGGACCGCUGCAGCCCCAGGACAUGAUACACCACAACCACACGUACACGCUGCCGUUCGUCACGCCGAACGGGGGCGGCGGAGCGGUGGGCGUGCACCAGGGCCCGAAGCCACAGACGCGCGACAAAUCGCGCUCCUCGUCGCUGCACAGCCGCAAGGCGGAGGAGGAACACCUGACGCGGGACGAGAAGCGGGCGCGGGCGCUGCAGAUCCCCAUCCCGGUGCACGACAUCAUCAACCUGCCGAUGGACGAGUUUAACGAGCGGCUGUCCAAGUACGAUCUGAGCGAGACGCAGCUUUCCCUCAUCCGGGACAUCCGAAGGAGGGGUAAGAACAAGGUGGCGGCCCAGAACUGCCGCAAGCGCAAGCUCGACCAGAUCGUGACGCUCGCGGACGAGGUGAAGGACAUGAAGAUGCGCAAGGAGCGGCUGAUGCGCGAGCGCGAGAUGGUGCUGUCCGAGCACAAGAAGAUACGCGACAAGUUUUCCAUGCUGUAUCGGCACGUGUUCCAGAACCUCCGCGAUGCCGACGGAAACCCUUACUCGCAGGAGCAUUACAGCUUGCAGCAAAGUGCGGACGGUGCGGUCGUGCUCGUGCCGCGCAACUCCGAACGACCGAACGGUGCCGGUUCGAACCAUCUCGGCGGCAACUCCUCCAACGGCACCGCCAACGGUGUUCAUCCCUCGCUGCACCAUUCGGGAGCGGCGGGCACACACCACGCCGGCCAUCAUCAUCAGCACGGUCAUCAUCAGCUGCAUUCGCAUCAUCAUCUGCAACACCACCACGGGCUUAUCGGCGGUGGAUCGGCCGCAAUGAACGGAUCCAUGAACGGAUCACUGGCGAUGGGCGGAGCCAGCAGCAACGGUGCAAGCGUAACGGGCAGUAACCACAGCAGCAGCAGCAGCAGCACCAGCAGCAGUAGUAGUGGGGUAGUAGGAGGUAGUGGUGGCAGCGUGCAGGGCAGCGGCAUGAACGGUACGGCUUCGGCAACGGCGGCCAUCGUGCACCAGCGCACCAAGGAGUAGUGUUUCCGGUAUCGGUGGCACUACUUCGACUGGUUUGAUUGCUCCAUUCUGCCGCCGUAACGGGGGAGGGAUGUGGAGGAGAAGGAAGAGGAAAGUGGAGGUGUAAUUCAAGCGGAAGAGAGUAUUGGUGACCCAUCCGCAGCCACCAUGGCCCCAUCAAAACACAGAGAAGAAAACAGUUCUGCGUGCAACGCGGCAUUGCGUUUUUUUGUGUGCGCUGGAAAACAGUGGCUCCCUCUGGUGGCCGUGAUUGGAGCCUUUUUUGUUUGGGUCGCUAGCGCAUCCGCAUCCUGCCCGCGCCAACACGUACAAGCUCUGUAUGUGUACACGCGAGCGGUGGGAGGAUUUUUGACGCUUUUCACACAACGAUCACACACCCUGAUUGAAGGUUUAAUAUCCGUAUGUGCUGUGCAUGAGAGAUAGGUAAUUGUUUCUGUUUUAAGGAAAACAUACACGUGGCAUUUAGCCGAAGAGCGUUGGUGGCAAGCAGGGCCGACGAAAUUUUCAAACUUUUCACACAUUUUCAACGUAACCACGUGCUAUUAGUGUGUGUGCUUUACGCAGGAAUACACAAAGCCAACGAGCAAAGCGACACCUGGUGGUAGUGGAUGGAACUUAUCCCUCUUUAACGGGUAGAGGAUCGAACAAGGGUCCUUACCCUUUUUACCACCUCACACACACACGGCCCCACAAACACAGCUGGUAUCGGUGUAAAUAGUUCUAUAGUUACAAGCGGUGCUAACAGUUACUUGUGUGCUGAAAAUAGCUCGGUGGUCUCAUUUCCCCCCUUGGCUGGGAGAUGGGUACGCACUUUUUACAUCGGCAGUGGGGUGGGUGUUCCCCCCUCCCUCUUGCCAUUGGUAUCAUCCCCAACUGCUGUUAAGCAAGAUUCUCAGCAAAUCUUUAAUUUAUAUGAAGUAAAAAAAUCCCGCCCCGUUAUUAAUGUUAUUAACAAACUAUUUAUGCUUAACUACUUGUACAUACACAUUCCCCGCCCUUCCCCCUGGUCCCUUAUACCAUGGAUGACUCCAUGGAUUGUUUUUUUUUAUUUUCAUAUUUUUGUUUUCUUUUUUGUUGCUCCCAACUUGCCGGUUUUUGAGUUUUGAGCUCAAAGUUUUAUAAAGCUAGAAAGCGGUAUCCGGGCUGUUGUAUGCUUAGUAAAAAACAGUUCAUAGUUUUUUUUUGGUAAUAUUAACGCAGCAAAGAUAAAGCUAGCAGACGGUGGUUUGCGUUACAGGGAAUGAUUGGCUUCGCCAGUCGAGAAAUGAUUGGGGGUAAUGGAUGGACUGAGUGGAUGCGCUACACAAUUGUGCAGUGCAUCGUGAAAAGUGGCUUGUGAUGAUGGCGUACUACGGCCGUACGAGAACCGUAAAAGGGAUCAUCAAAGGAUAGACGAGGGUGAAUGUGUGCGCGGGCUCGUGCACUUAUUGAACCGUUCUGCUACUCUCUGAACAGUGCUAAAACGCUACUGCUAAUCCUACUGUACUACACAACAACCACUACUACUACUACUACUACUACUACUACUACUACUCAAAAUGCUGUGCUGCUGAAUCGUACCCGACACCGAUGUGAUGGAUAGUUUUGUUUUUUUUUUAUAUACAUUAAUAAUAUUAUUAGUUUUAUACACUUUUGUACAUAUACAUAUAUACAUUAACAUUAGAAUGCAGUAAGUGAAUACAAACCCGUAGCUUUCCAAUGUUGUAGUAUGAUAAUUUAGGCAGCCGGAAAGGAGGAGAAGGGGUGCAAUUGGAAUGCAAAAAAAAGAUAAAUUGUAUGUAAAAUAUUAAGAGCAAAGGGAUGUAGGGGGGAGCGCGUAAAAGAAAACGAGUUCGAGAGCUAGGGAAAAUAUUAUAUAUUGGGAAAAGUUGUAAAAUAAUAAUAAUAAUAAAAAACAAAACACAUGAAAGGCAGAGAUGCACUGAGUAAUGAUGCAAGUGGUGUGUGGUUGCUAAUUUACUUAGCGGUGGGGUUUUUACUUUAGUGAAGCUUUAAUAAUUAAGUGAGCGGUUAUACGUUGGACAAUGGGCAAUAUAUAGUGCAUCAGAAAGUAAAAACCAAUCAAACAGAAAGCAAAAAAAAAACAAACAAAAAGAAAAGAGAGAGGAAAAUGUAAAAAAAACAAGAUGGUUCUGUGGUUUCACUAAGGGGAAAUGGAAUGAUAACUCGCUAAUGAACUGUUUCUUUUGUUGUA